AUGAUGAAAUAUUCAAUCAAGGACAAGUUACGCACUUUUUUGGUCGCAAUCUUCCUUACAUUCUAUCACGCUCAGGAUGGAUUGUGUCACGGUUACAUCAAAGCCUGGUCUGCCGAUGACGGUCACACGUGGACAUUAGGACAAAAGCAAGAGCUGGAAAAGUCAUCGAUCCGUGGCUUCUCAGAAAAUACAGGUUGGAUUGGCAGCAAAUUUCUGACCAAACCCGCCUUCGUUUGCGGAUCCAGCUUAACGCCAAGUCUUAAGAUCGUUGCCCCCAGUGGGGAUCUCUUCAGUCGCGCAGAUCAAAGCGCCGGGAAAACUUUGGCCGUUGCAUCUGGUGCUACAGUGCGCUUGCUGAUCAAUGAUGAGCCUCACAAGAUAUACCCACAUGAAAACGGUCAUAUUCAAAUUUAUCUUGGCUAUUGUGGACCGUCAGAAACCGCAUGCGAAAAAUUUGAUGCCUCGACGAUCAGCUACUUCAAAAUAUUAUCAUUGAAGCAUGGACUAGGAUCGAAAAAAGAAUUCCCUUACAACAAACACAAGGAUGGAAAUGAAGUCAAAAUCCCGAUCUCGAAUAACCUGCCAAUGGGUAGCUACAUCAUGCGGAUUGAACUAAUCGUUUUUGGACAAUCCUCCGAGGCGGAGGGAAAGCAAGACCAAUACUACAUCACUUGUGGACAGAUGGCACUUGGAGCACCAGAAGUUACUCCUCCCGUCUCCCUCGAAAGUUUAGAAAGUGUACACUUCCCGGGUGCUUAUAAAGAUGGAAACAUUGAUCCGGACGAUCCUCCACCAGGCCCCGAUGUCGUCAACCUUUCCUCCCAGGCAGCCGAGGGCACUGCCAAAGCAUCCCCGAAACUUCGACAAAGUAAAAUCCAGCCUAAUGUUGAAGACCAGGGGUUCAAGUUUUCGGGAAGCGUUCCUCCAUGUGCCAAAGCCUGUCUUUCAAAAAAGAUUUCAGAGAAUGCCCAGGGGAUACUCGGUUUACUGUGUGCCAAUGAGCCUUCCCAAGUUGAUCUAAAACAACCACUCUGUCAAUGCAAGGAUGAAUUGUUUGCCAAGGCUUAUGCAAAUUGUUCAAGGGAUCAUUGUCAGGCUGGAUGUGAAUUGGAAAAUGCUAUCAAUUCAUUCAGUAUUCUUUGUGGAAUGAAGGCCAAGGCUUCAAACUGUCAAAAUAAUCAGAGAAGAGAAAGACUACUGCUUCUGAUUUGA